UUCUGAAAUGUCUUUGAAUCAACCCAGUUGCUCAGCGUCUGUAUAUCGUCAAGAGAUAUUCCUUGUUUUAACGCAAUUGAGCGUACACUAACUCUUAAACUUGAGUUUUCUCUUAUAGAAACAAACUGACCAUACAAAUGAAGAAAACUGCUGGGAAAUAGAUGGCGAGCAAGACAUUUGGGAAGCCUGGAGGCAAUAUAUGGACAAAUGCAACGGUCAUGAAAAUUGUCUUGAAAAAAAUCAUGUUAUCCAAUGCGGCUACUCGAUCAAAUGCAGCCCCCUUAUACCUGAUGAGUUAUAUAAGCAUCUUGGUCUCGACGAGUAUGAAGUAGAAACUCCAUUUGCCACCUGCGCCGAUUAUGUACAAAGUGUUUUUUUCUGCUGUUGAAACAAGUCGAAAAGGGAAAUAAGAGCUGGUUGAAGGCACUGAUUGUAGUGGCCAUGCAUCGUUGUUUGUACAAGAAUUUUUCCUUUUUAUGAUGACAGUGUUCAAAAAUGAUU